AUGGCACCUUACGAGGCUUUGUAUGGUCGUAAGUGUUGUACUCGGCUAUAUUGGACUGAGUUGGCUGAGCAUCGUGUUUUGGGUCUUGAGUUAGUUUCUGAGAUCGAAGAUAAUGUUUCUCUAUGGAAGAAAGUUCUGAGGUUUGGUCGUAAGGGAAAGUUGAACCCUAGGUUCAUUGAGCCGUAUCAGAUUCUGAAGCAUGUGGGACUGGUCGCUUAUCAGUUGGAGCUACCUCCAGAGUUAGACCACAUCCAUGAUGUGUUUCAUAUCUCGAUCUUAAGGCCAUAUCGGUUUAAUCCAUCUCACGUUGUCUCUAUUGAGGAGAUUGAGGUUAGACCAGACUUUAAUUUUGAAGAGGAGCCAGUUCAGAUUCUAGAUCGAGAUGUUAAGAUUCUGAGGAGGAAGUUCAUUCUGUUAGUGAAGGUUCUAUGGCAGAAUCAUGGCAUUGAGGAAGCCAUGUGGGAACCUAAAGACUCGAUGUGUCAGUAG